AUGAGCUUAGGUAACCCCUUAACCAUUAAUUUCCUAAACAAAGCAGACCCCAACCCACCCAUCAUCCACACCAUCCCACCCCAACCAAACCACCAUAACAAUGAACAUCUUAAAUCCACCCUCUACAGCUACCCCCAGCCCCCAACCCCCAACCCCCACCCCGAACACGCAUACGCCCCCUCCGCCUCAUCUGCGCAGGCCUCCCGCGCUCCGCAACAGAAAGUCUCAGCCACGCUCUCGAAGGACUCAACUACAGGCCGUACUACGGCUGGACGCUCGUCUCCAAUUCCAACGGUGGCUACAUCCAAGAAUGGGCGCAUCUAG